AUGGCUCUAACAAGGAAAAGUCGAACUGCUAUGGAUGUACUUAAAUCUAAUAUUGAAUACAUUUCAACAUAUUCAAAAAAAAUUGAUGACAUGCUCAAUGGUGGUAUUCGUAUAGGUGUUAUAACAGAACUAUGUGGAAAUCCAGGAAGUGGAAAAUCAAAUUUAUGUACUCAAUUAUGUAUUUCAGUACAAAUGAAAUAUGGGAUUACAUCAAAUGAGACUGGAACAGUAAUUUAUAUUGAUACAGAAGGAAGUUUUGUACCUAUACGAUUACAAAAUAUGGCAAUGGCUGCUGAAAAUCAUUAUAAAAAUGAAAAUAAAAAUUCUAUAAAUACAAAUUCAAUUGAACAACUAUUAAAAAAUGUAACAUAUUUUCGUUGUAUAAAUGUAGCAGAAUUAAUUGCUUGUCUUAUUCAAUUAAAACAAAUUAUGACACCAGAACGUAAUGUUAAAUUAAUUAUUCUUGAUAGUCUUGCACAUCCUAUUCGAAGUAUUAUUGAUGGUGAUCAUUUAACUCGUCAUAAAUAUAUAGUUCGAAUUGUUACAAUGUUACAAAAAUUAGCUUCAGAAAAUAAUUGUGCUGUUGUUAUUGUUAAUCAUAUGAUAGCAAAAGUUGAAUCACAAAAAAAUGAAGCAUAUUGUGCUCCAGCUCUUGGUGAUGCAUUUGGUCAUAUGUCUCAAUUACGACUACAACUUUCAUGGAAAAUGAAUAAACGAGAAGCUCGUGUUCUUAAAUCACCUCAUAUAGCAGAACUAUCAACAUUUUUUCAAAUAACUGAUGAUGGUAUUCGUGACAUAGAUGAAACUGAAUCAAUGGAUGAUAGUGAUUAUAAUUCAGCAUCACAAGAAAAUAUACAUGCAAUUUCAAAUAUGUAA